CCCAAAUCAUUAUAUAAGAACUGAUAUAUUGAACUUUUCUCCGUCUUGAUUAAGUGGGAAAGUUAGAAAAAUAUUUAGUGAAUAUAAUUUAGUUUCAUUUUAAGUCAGACAACAGCUUUGUGUAAAGUAAAACUUACACCAUGCCGAAAGGAAAGAAAAAAGGAAAAUACGAGCACAAGAGGACAGAGCAGGGCUACUCCUCAGACGAGGAUGCCGGCAUCGACAUGACUAUCGACAACAUGUCUGAGACCUCGGGGCAGUCCGACCUGAGGAGCAUUCACGAUGAAGCAGACGCAGAAAUCCAAGAGAAGUUCGAAGAGAAAGUGAUGGAAACCAUCGACGGGCUAGGCGCCCGUGCUAACGCUGCGCGCGCCGCCGCGUUUGUGUCACUACGGGCGGCCCUCCAACGGAGAUAUCUGGCGCCUUUGCUGGCCAAUCAUAGAGCAACACUGGCGGAUCAUCUCACCAAGGCCAUUCGGCGAGGCAGGGAUGGGGAGAGGAAGGCAGCUGCAUCUCUUGCGCCUCUGUUAGCGCUACAGAUCGGUGAAGACGGCACAGAGGAGUUCAUGAAGGAAGUACGGCCCGCGCUGGCCGCCUGCGCCGUCGACAAGACCGCCUCCAUCGAAACACGCACAGAGUGUUGCCUGUCUUUAUCCGUGGUAUGCUACUUGCUUGAAGAAGACCUCUCUGAAAUCCUGGAGGUCAUGCGGAUGUAUGAAACCAUCUUCAGUGGCAGCUAUCUGAAGGGCGACGGUUCGGUGAAAGUGUCGGGGCUGGCCGUGGAGCAGGGCGCGCUGCACGCGGCGGCGCUGGACGGCUGGGCGCUGCUGCUGUCGCUGCCGCCCGCCGAGCACACCGCCGCGCUGCUGCGGACCGCGCCGCCCGGCCUGCCGAGGCUCGCCGACCUGCUCACCGCUGCUAGUCUAGAGGUGCGCAUGGCCGCAGGCGGGGCGCUCGCCAUCGCGUACGAGUGCAUCGCGGAGACGGACGCUGGCGACGACGCGGCGGAGUACGUGGACAGCCUGCUGCCGCGCCUCGACGAGCUGGCGCGCGACUCGCACAAGUUCCGCGCCAAGAAGGAGCGCAAGCUGCAACGCGCCACCUUCCGCGACAUACUCAAGUACUUCGAGGAGGACACGGUCCCGUCGCUGUCGGUGCGCGUGGGCAAGGAGAAGGUGUCGUGCGGCACUUGGUGGGCGCGCUUGGCGUACGGCGCGCUGGCGGGCACGCUGGGCGCCGGGCUGCAGGCGCUGGCGCCGCACUCGCCCCAGCUGCGCCACGCGCUCGGCCUGCCCGACACCGUCGCCACGCCGCUGCCCAAGCAGAAGCUCAACAAACUGCAUCGGCAUCUCGCCAACAACGCCGCGGACAAGGCGCGGACGGUGGCGCGCGGCAAGAACCGCGACAAGCGCUCGGCGGCCCUCGCCAUGUGAACCCGCACCCGACCUGCCACCCGACCCGAC